AUGCCUGUCCCACCGGCAUCUUUCACACGAUCGAAGUGGCUCGCCUUCUUCGCAGAGCUCACCGCAAAGAUCACACAUCACAACAUCAUGGUUGUACUCGAAGGAUGUGAAGUGUUGAAACGCAUUCUCAUCUCGCAGGUCUCAAUUGCGGCAUUUCUCGAGGAAGGCGCAUUAUUAACACACUUUCUUGAUACCAUCGCCGGUGAUGCCUUAUCGAAUGAGCGACGUGAGUAUGGUCCAUCCUUAGCAAUGGCAGAGAGACUACUAUUUACGCAGCUAGAGACACUUUCAUUGUUUAUUGAUAUGAUGGUUGCCCUUCACGCAGAUAAAGAUCCAUAUUAUUGUUUAUUGGUUAUUGCACGUGCAGGGGAUAUUGUGUUAACACUUGUGAGACUUUUACAACGACAACAACCACGUUUCUUUGGUCUCACGGCAAUGUUACUAAAAUCUCUAUUAACUCUCCCACUUGGAAAAGAAGUUCGAGAUCUGUAUGUGGAUGAAAAACAACGCUCUGUUGCCCUUAUGUGUCAUUUACAGAAAUUACAAAAAGCGGUAUCUCAACAAGAAGAAAUUCUUCAAGAAACUGUUGAAAUAUUACAGACACUUGGUAUUACAACAGAUGGUCCUAUGCAGUAUUGCAGUCAAUUCUUAUUUAAUAUGGCUCUUCAUCGACUUGUACGACUUCAGAAGGCAAAAAAACGUCAUCAUAAUACCUCAGAAAAUGAUUCUUUACAUAUGAUUGGAUUAAAUAAAAGUGAACCUACCUUUGCUGACAGGAGUACAGAGUAUGCUGUGAAAAGUCAAAAUUCUACCUUUAUGAAUAUUAAUACUACUACUACUACUAUUACUGAGACAGAUGCUCCUACACCGGCUGGUACCAAUGAAACCAAGGUUUCAAUAGAUUUAACGGAUGAGAGUCUAACAGGAAAUAAUUUAGAAGGUGUGGAGAUUUCUAUUCCUGAGAAUGAGUAUAUAGAUUGCUUUGAACGACUCUCUAAAUGUCGUUCUCAUGAAGAGUUUUUCUAUAUGAUGAACCGUUUAUGGUGUUUAACGGUUGCAGCAGAAGCGGAAUUACGACAACGAUUCACCAGUGUAAACUUUGAUUCUGCAUUUAAACGUUUCCUGCAAACAAUGCCUUUAAACCAACAAGAUCAAAUGCUGUUUACAUCUGUACUUUUAUGGCUCUCACAUGUUAUAUCCGAUCACUAUCUCAGUGAUAACACCCGUGAUCACAUUCUUAAUAUCACCGGAAACGCCCUUAUUACUUUACUACGAGAUAGCAUUAUGAAUCCUACUCCUAUUUCUAACACUAGUAAUGAUGCGAAUAGUAAUAAUAAUAAUAAUAAUAAUAAUAAUAAUAGUAGUAGUAGUAGUAUUAUGAGUAAUAGUACGAUCGGACUUCGACUCGUUGGACUUUCUUUCCUUCUUGUGGGUGUUGGACAGUGGCCCCCGCCUGCUGGUCUUCUCGCUCUUCUCACUGGUCUCAUCAACACACAACACACCGUACGCACCGCCCAACUGAAUGCCCCAAACACACCAGACGGCGGUCUUCCAGAUGAAGUGUAUCUCGCAGCCGCAGCAGAGGCCACUCGCAGUGAACACAUCACUGUUGCCACACUCGCCUGUAAACUACUCGCCGCGGUAGUGGGGAAUCACUAUAAAGUAUUGUGUACAACCCUCACUACAGAGACAUGUGAUAUGCUUCAGAAUAUUAUUCCAUUACUAUUGAAGAUUAGUAUAAAUAAUCCAACUCUGGCAUCAGCAGUGGAAAAUAUAUCUGGAUCGGCUUUACAUUAUUUACCUAGCUGUUAUCGUUCUUCUCGUUAUACCUCAUUAGGAGAGUGUAGUAUGGUGGCAUUAGAUGCUUGUUUUUGGUUAAUGGAUAUUGGAAAAUUUGAUACUUUAAAAUUAAAAGAUAUUAUCUCUCAUUUACCUGCUCUUUCACGAGCUACACGAAACAGUAUUCAUCCACCUUUACGAGCAUCCGUAGAUCGUUGUCUCGCACGUCUCUGUAGAUCUACUGAAGAUCUUUUAACAGUUCUUCAUGAGAUGCCAUCUGUAUUUAAUGCGGCUAUUACCAGUAUAUUAGAGUAUAGCUCUAUUGCUCCACAAUGGGAAACAGCAGCUGCAGCAGAAUGGUUAGAUCAUGUUAUUGAAAUAGCUAAAAAUGAUAUUCAAGUGGAACAGAGUUUUGAUUUUUCCAGAACUGCACUUCCUAUUAAAUUAUUAGAAUUAGCUUCUUCAAAUGGUAUUACAUAUGCUACAGCUGCAAUGCUUUCCUUAACAGUUGCUUUAUUUCAUCAGGAAAAACGUUUUGCCGAUUAUCAUCAUAAUCAUCAAGAGACUUCAACUAGUGUUAUUAUCCCAUAUGGUAGACGAUCACUUGAUUGUUGGUUUAAACUCAUUCAAGUUGCAACCCAAUCAAGUGAGAAAUUAGCACAUGUAUGUGAAAAGUCUAUGUUUUCUACUUCUAGUUCUAAAGAUGCCCUUUCACGUUUGAUUAGCAGUAUUGAAGGAAUAUCUGUGCAGUUUUCUUUUGUAUGUUCACUCGCCCGUGGACUUUUAUUACUUAUUACUUCAUAUCCAGAGUAUAGAGAUCAUUUUGCACAUCAUAUGAUGUAUGGAUUAUUUCUCAGUGCCUUUUCUCUCCCAUCACCAGACGAUAUCUUUGAAAUGUUAUUCAUUCGAUUCGGUGUAAAGGUGGAACAGCAUGAUUUAUUAGAACGUUCAUAUGAAAAUAUGCUGCAGUGGAUGAUUGAACUUGCUUCCCAGUGGUUUAAUGUUACUACUACUACUACUACCACUACUAUUAAUACUAAUACUAGGAAUAUAAAGAAUGAAGAGAAGGAUAAACAAUCUUUUCCUACUCUUCCCUCUGUCUUUUAUGAUCAUCUUUGUAAAAUAAUGAAAAAUGAUCGUAUUUCACAAGGGACUCGUGUAUCUAUCUCUACACUUGUAUCUAUUAUUAUGAUGAUACCAUCUAAUUCACUACGUGAGGUAUUAUCAACAUCUAGUGGAGAUCUUUUCUCUGCAUCAUUGAGUCUAAAGUCUAUCUCUUGUGUAAGUGGAAUGCAAUGUCGUCUGGUAUUACUCUUUAAAUCUGCAAAUGAAAAGGCACACACACUUGGAUGGUUUGAAGCUAAAGUGAUGGAACUUGAGGGAUAUAUAAAAACACUUAAGAGAAAUAAUGACAUUAUGGAAACUCAAGAAAUGGAUCUUCUCUUAAUGUCUCUUUCCUUUGUCUGUAGCGUUAUUGCCUCUCCCCAUUCUCCCACCCUAUCGCAAGAGAUUCUUCACUCCUUCAGUGCCUCACUGCGAACGGCUUUGGGAAAUGAGAAAACACAACGGGCCGCCUUUCAAGCAGCCGCGGCACUUGCAAAGAGUGAAGAGGGACGCCGUUGUUUAUUACAUGAAGUCACUACUUCAGGAGAGCCACUGGCACGAAGUUGUUUUGGUCGUAUUUUAGGCAUUACGGUUGGAGUUAUGCAGGGCGGUGAACAUCAUCAUUACUAUCCACAAUCACCACCACCAUCAUCAUCAUCAUCAGCUACACAACUACAAUCAUCAUCAUCAUCAUCAUUACUAUUACUACUACAAACAUCACCAUCUCAACAACAAAUACAAAAAGAAACCAAUAACUGUAUGAAACGUUCUCCUGUGAGUGAACGGGAUUCCUCUAGGGCGGCGAUAACGAUGUUUGGAUUUGAUAUUUGUGCGACUACGUGUGGUAAAGGUGGUGAGGUAUUUACACAUAAUGUGAUGAAACUGAAAGGUGUGGAACAUAUAGAGGCACUCUUGUUGAGAUUUGAACGUCAACGUACAUCUGCGCCUUUAGGGCUUUAUCGAUUUCUCGCCGCGAUUUCAUUUCAUGCGGAAGCACAAGUUGCUAUUAUACGACAAACGGAACUUAUCACUAUAGUGAUUGAGGCGGCAACAAGUGCAACGCGGCAUGGCACUUUAGCCCUCUUAACACUUCGCAAUCUCUGUUUUAAUCCCUCACUCAAAACUCAAGUCUGUCAAGAUCAACGUAUUCUUCUCACACUGAAGGCGGCUUUAUUGGCACAACCCACUUUACAACCCGUAUUGUGUGAUAAUAACACACCGGAAACCCGAGAGAAGAUGAAAACGAUGUUAUUAAACAUGAGAAGUGAACAAGUUGUAAGGAAGUUUGCAGAACAGGCAGCAGCAUCUCGACAAGUAAAGAAGAAUGAUCAUGAAAAUGGUGGGAUGAUAAAUGCUCAUACAAGUCUCCCUACGGGUUCUUUUGAUACGGCAGAGAUAUUACGUCGACAGGAAUUGGCCGUAACGGCAUUUUGGUCUCUUAUGUAUGAUAAUCAACGGAGUAAAUCAUAUGUACGUGGUUUCUUAAACCAGGAUCCUGUUGUGAAUAUAAACAAACUCGUGAUGCCAUCCAAUUCACUCACGACUGUAUCUCCUGACCUGCAAAAGUAUCCAGAGAAGAUGACAGAGGCUAUUGGAAAUAUUAAACUACUUGGGAAAGGGGCUAUUUAG